AUGCAUUCUCUAGCCUCAGCCACCCACACAUCCUCUGGGAUGGUCUCCUCAUCCUUUGUAUCUGCGAUUGAUGUGACCUCUUCUCUUCUUCCUACAGAAAAUUUCCAAAAUUCUUCUUUACAUGGAAAUGCUGAUUCUCUGCAGCUCUCUCUUCCUGUGRUGACCAAUGCAGCUUCCCUGACAGGAAGUGUCUGCAACUUCUCCAGAGCCUCUGCUCCAGCUGCCACUUCAGCAUGGUUACUGCCCUCAACCUGUGGCACCUCCUUCCAGCCACUCAUGGGCAGUGCCUACCUUUAUCAACAUGCUAGCACAGCCAUGGUGUCUGGGGUUACUGGCCAGAACCAGAUUCCCAUGGCAUCUGCCUCCUAUCCAAGUAUUUUUGAGUGGGAUAUCACAGGAAAUGCUGAAAAGAGCUCAUCUUCACUUGGGGACUUUACUCUGACUGUCAUUGACCAAAACACUGCAGGUUCUUCCAGGUCAAUGACAGCCCAAUAUGACAAAACUUCUGAUGCCAAUGUCAUGGUCCCUGUGUAUCCAACACUGUCAGCCAGGCUUGUCCAGGCAGCACCAUCUCAGAAUCCAAAUAGGGGUCAUAGCCUGUCACUUCCCUACCAAGAAGGAAGCCAGGUCUACUACUAUGAUCAAAACACUCUGGGGACUCUGCUCUCUGGAGAWCAUGGCCCCUGCCUGCAAUCCUAUGGCUCUGUGCCAUAUGCAGGAAGUAGUGCUGCUGCCCCUCAACCAGAAAUGGUGACAGUGCUGAAGRAGGUUCAGCCCACAAAUGUCCUACCAUCAGUCUCUACCCAUGGGAUCUACUACUCUGUGUCUACUCAACCUAUCACAGAAACAAAUUUUCAAGUGAUGGAAACUUCCCUAGGGAUGGAGGCUUCCUUGGGAUUGCAACCUCCAAGUCAGACAUUUUGUCUUCCACGACCUCCAGAAUUCCCCAACUCCUGCAGUAGCAGAAAUAUCCAAAUACUUGAGAGGAACCCACCAACUGCACUUGGGGACAUUUCCAUAAUAACUCCAGUCCAGAGUUCUUCUGAUUUCUUGGCAUUGCCUCCAAAUCAAAUCCAGGAACAAACAGAGAUUAAGAAUAUGUGCGAGAUUAAAACCAUGCUCUCAGAGCCGCUGGAUGCCUACCAGAUUGCCAUGGAGAACCAGGAUCCUCCACUACUCCCUUUAGACAUCCCUGAAAUCCACCAGCUUCUGGCCUCCAUUGGUCCUCUGGACCAAGAGGAGAAGCCACAUUCUGAAAAUAUCCAUCUGGGAAACAACAGCCUGAGUCUUGAGGACCAAGGCACACUUGAAAAUGGGAUUGAAUUUAGUAGUGGUUUUGCAGACCUCACUGCACUGGUGGAGGAUAUUCACCUUCCUGAGCUUUUCAGUUCCUUAAAAGACUUUGACCAACCUGAAAGUCCCACAACAUCAAAAUCCAAUGACACCAGAGCCAUCAUGGUGAAUCAGGGGCAGGAAUUCACAAGUGUCAUAAAGAGUCCUAGUGAUCCAGUGAAUAACAACAAAAAUAAAGCCUCAGAGUCUCCUGAUGGAACUCCUCAGGCCAAAAUGCAGCCAAGGGACCUGGAAUGUGCAUUAGGAGGAGAAGGUGCUCACAGGGAUGCAGACAGUAUUGGGGCCCCUGAGCACUCUAACAGCAAACCUCAGAAAGCUGCAUCCAGCAGAAACAGCAAGGCUAAGGGCCAUGGGCAGGAAAAGACCAAGAGGACCAGAGAAAACAACUCCAGGAAAGCCAAGGAGAGGAAGCAGCAAGGCAAUAAAGUCAAGACGGAAGAGAAGCCAACUGUGCCCAAGAUGAAACGGAAGAGGAACCAACCUGAGCUUUGCCAAGAGACCUUUAAAAAGCCUCGGAGCUGUCUUGGCAUGCACAUGCUGGAGUCAGUGCAGGUUUUCCAUGCACUGGGGAAGAAGAAUGAUAAGAAAACUGGGCUCUCUUCCUCCCGGGCCCCAGGAAACUCAGGCAGUACCCAAGACCCCCGUCCAUGCCCAGCUAUGAAACCAUGGCUUGCAGUUAAGGGUCCUGAGAAAUCACAAGUCAAAGCCCAGAACCCAGAUAUCAGUGCUGAAAGGGAGGGUCCUGCUCCAUCCAUUUAUGAGCCUCCACCACCUGGGAAGGUUAAAUUGGUACCUUUGCCUUUUCUGACCCUGGAGAAACCUCCACCUCGACCAGUAAUCAAUCGGAGACCCACUGGGGCUUACCCUGCCCAGCCUGGCCCUGCUAGCUCAGCUCAACCCAUGGCAGUCAACCAAUCCCAACCAGCUAUUGCCAACCCAUCUUGGAUGUGUCCUGCCAAGCCAGCUCAGCCAAUUUUAACCAGUGCAACCCAGUCUGGUUUGACCACUUCUACCCAGCCUAGUGCCCCUCGGUCUGCUGCUUCUAGGCCUGCACCCUACAAAACAUCAUCUUGCACCUCUCUCCAGUGGCACCCUAUUUCCACUAUUUUGACCAAGCCCCAGUCACAACCGCCCAAGCCUCAAAACCAAUAUCUWCUCCAAGACUUUGCCUUACAACCAAUUCCAUGGAGGAAACCCAAUGUUCCUGGGCAAGUAAUAUCAACUCCCAUCACGGAAGAGCAGAGGCCAGAGCGGGAAGCCAUGAAGAAGAAGGCUCAACAAGAGCGUGAGAAUGCUGCCAAGUACACUGCUUUGGGGAGAGUGCAGUUUUUCAUCGAGAGGGAAAGAGAUAUGGAAAUUGCUCGUUACUAUGGUUACACAAUGUAA